AUGCCCAUUCGCCGGCCCUCAGCAUCGGCGGGGCAUGCUGUCAACGCCCACAAUGGUCCCCGACAACACAGGAGCAACGACUCGCAUCAUGGUUUUAUGUCCACAGGGCCAUCUCAGCAGCCACCGUCUGUUGCAUAUUCCUCCCCGAACGCCACGCCGCAACAGAAGAUUGUGCAGGCUCUCAUAAACAGGAUUAAGAACAAGCUUCCGUGUAACUCGGGCACCUCCCUCGAUAUUGUAGAAUCAGAUGCUGCAACCCAGAGCGCGGUAGAAGCACUUGUCGACCUUGCAUCUGAUUCUCUCGAUGUCAUAUCAUUCUCGCUGGGUGAGAUAUUGGACAAAUUGGCCAAGCAAGUCAAUGAUAUCGGCCACAUGACGAUUGAAGUCCUCCAAUCCCAGUUAUUCGUGCUCAAGAUUCUAUCUAUGGCGAUGUCCGCCAGGUCAAGCCGCUAUGAGGAGCAAGCCUCAACUAUGCGGGCCGGUCGCGGCAACGUCGCCCCUUCAUCCUCCACCCUCGUCGAUUCAAGUGCACCUACACUUGCUAACAAGCGGAGCCGUCAAGCCUCGACUGAAUUCUCAGCUAUCACGCCUCCUCCAUGGGCUGAUGAACCUUCGGCCCUCGAUGAUCAAUGUGCCAAGUAUAUUCUAAGUGUAAUGGUGUUGUACUUGCGACAGACGGCAACGCCAGAGAGUCGCCUAAUGUCCUCUUCAAACCUCGCUCCCGACGCAUCAUUGCAUGACUUCGAAUCCGUCGAUUUUCCUACACACCAAACUUUCUUUGACGAUCCCCGCGAUUCGAACACACCCUUCCCUGGUAAUGUCGCUGAUGCUGGGGAAACACCGCCGUCCCUGCUGAAGAUGAAGCACUCGUCUGCCUCCUUCAAAUCUUCUGGGAGUGCUACGUCUGGGAUGUCAUGGGCCCGGGGGCGCCCGAUCCAAUAUGAGAAGACCCACAUGUCGCUCAUCAAGUCUGUCUAUUCUCUGAACUUCUUGAUUGCUAAGUACGCGGGGCGCACCGUGUUCCAUCUUUCAGGGUCGAACUGGCACAUUGUGUUUGAUCGCAUACGCAACAAGAUUCGCUUCCUGGCAAACACUUCAGAGGACAAUCCAGAUACGAUUGACUUGCGUAUCAUGACACAUAGCAAGAUGGACAGAAGCCGGCUCUCGCAAGUGCUGCACGAACUAUCUUCGCUACUCGUGAACAUGAAGAGAGAAGCCCAGGCUGCAGUUGCGAUCCCUCUACGAAUGGCGAUAUGGAAUUGGAUCGAUAUAUUCCCCGACGAGUUCAAUGAGACCAUUCGCACCCGCGGACGCUUAGACGGCGCCCCCGAACGCGUCUUUGAUUUGCUACACUCCGCGCUGGAACCCGGUCGGGAAAGGACUCUUUGGCCAACCCUGACAAUAUUGGCGUGCCUGUCUUCCGACCGUUUGACAUCCGACUACCAGGAUGUGUUCGCUAAACCGCCUUCGAAGUAUCGAAAGGAAGUGAAGUGGGCUGACGAACUACGGCGGCAUGGAUUGGGGGCCACCAAGUACUCGGACGUAGCAUUCGUAUGCGGGAUUGACAUCUGCAGAGCCGGUUUCCGUGUCUCUCCCGAUGGUGAAAUACCUCUCAGAAUGCUUGCCGGCGACAUUGCGCACGACAUCAAGCAUGGGUUACUUAACACGAAUAGGCAACUAGCUUUCUGGGACGUGCUUCAAGAAGUUGACGUCGCUACCUAUGCCGAGGCUCUCGCAAUCGUGUUCCGUUUCUUACCUCAGGAGGACUCUAUCCCAAUAUUCGAGGCCUGUCUUGGGCCAGAUCGCUCGGAUGCCGUGAAAAUAUGCGCUAUCAAGGGUAUGACAAUGUUGGCUACUGAGGUAAGUUUCUUCAUCUUUACAAGGUCGGUUACUUUGCACUUGAGCGCACGUUUAUGCUCAUUGCCUUUACAGUAUGCGGUUACCCGGCGUAUGGAAAUAGAUGAAAAGGGUAUUAUCAAGGUUACACCCAAUCGUCCCAUGGCCAAACGUUUCACCAACGAAACGCUCCCCAUCAGCGACUUGCUGAUUCUCUCCAUCGUCACUCUUUGGCGGGCUGAUCUGUCCUUCUAUGUCACCCAUAUUGAUGACGCUGAUGUGGACGCUUGGGUCCCUACCUUGGUGAAUAUCUGGAGCGCAGACCUGGAUGUAGCAGUCAAGGUUUCUGCGAUCACUUUCUAUCUGUACUUGACCGACAUCUUCUUCCGGAUGCGUAAAGAAGAGAUGUAUUAUACCGAUAUUGAGACCUGGCUCAAAUCAUCGACAAUCGUAACCCUCGUCACUGUAUCAAAGGUCCUUCUGCAAACGAGGAUGGAUGUUGAGCAGCAACGGCUUUGGAUAUCAGUGAUGACCCAAGUUAUCACCGUCUACCUUCGCAAGAGCGAGAAUGAUCACGCAAGCGGGAUUCAGCUGACACAGGAUCGUGUCUACGCCUUCGCGAUGGCGGAGAUAGCUUUCUUAGUUUCGCUGACUUCUGCGAGCAGCGAUGUGACCCAGCUUGCAGCGCAGGGCCUCAGGAUGAUCGCACAAGCUGAAAGGCAACCUGGGGCGCCAGUCAACAACGGUUUCACGGAGGAGGAUAGGUCACGCCGUCUACCGAUCUACGAGCAGCUAGGCGACCCGCAUAUUGUCAUCGUUGGUGCAGUACGGGAGCAGAAACGUGUUCGAAAGCUUAUGCGCUUGGUCGCCUACUCUUCACCGAUAAAUGUUGCCGUCUGGCAAGAGUGCUUCCUCCGGUGGCAAGCGCUUUCUGAACAUGUCGCUCAAGGGCCCCUCGCAGAGGGCACCAAUUAUGACGAUGCCCACCUGAGUCCUCAAGAGCGAGCCAUGACCAAAGAGUGGCGGAAUCUGACGCACUUCCUCGCCGCGUUCGGCGGCGCCUGCGUUGCAGACAAUUUAGAGACAGUAUCUCUAACAGCCGUGAUUCCAGGCACAUACCUACCGGAUGAAAUGCGAGCAUUGCGCAACCCCAUCGAUCUCGUGACGAUUUUCCUGGAGUUCUUGGUAAACGCCCUGAUUGAUGAUACUGUUCGCGUGCGAGACGCAGCUCGGGAAGCGCUGGGCACGGAGCUUAGCCCACGCUUGUAUGGGAGACUCCUGAAGCAACUCAAUGACAUAACGGUGAAUAUCGCCAAUGGCGCGGCUUUGGAGUACAAACAGGAAUAUGGGCUUUUCUUGGACCAGUUGAUCCAAGUGCUGAAGUCGCUGGUAGAGAACUUGCAGUCGUCCGCUGAAGAGAACUUGAGUAUAGAUCUGGGCUCAAUCCUUCAUGUCCUCGCUGGUUUCAUCUCUCGGUUCCGCGAACCACACACGUACCGCAUACGGAUCAGAUUCUGCCAACUGUGCGACAGCAUUGCUAGCCGGACAGAUAUCCUGAACUGGCGAAAGGACGACAUGUCUCGCAACCAUCUUCUAGAGAUUAUCAUGGACUGGUUCCAGGAAUUUACUUUCCUGGUUGACCCAGAGCGUAUCAAGACUCAAUGCGACUUGAACUAUGCUUGUCUUAGUACAUCUGUCAAACUCUUGGAGCGGCUGAAAUUAUACCCUCUAGAAAAUCAGAUGUUAAAUGAGACCGAUGACGCCGGCCAUGUUCUUUCUCGCAUUUACACCCGUUACACUAAUAUUCUGGGGAGAGCCCUUGAUAUCUGCCACCAAAGAGAAGACACUGGGGCCGAUAGUAGCUCAGACCUCGGCUCCUUCAGGAGAACCACUACCAACCAACGCGAGAUCGACAUACGCAAUAUGGUCAUCACGGGGCUUUCGAACGUUAUCAGUGCCAAUUCUGAAGUGGCACUCAGGACUUCAAUUCCCGUAACCUAUUCUCCUGACCUCCGGCAACGAACCAUAUACAUGCAUGCAUUUGCCAGAGUUCUUGGCCAAGGUACCACGCUGGAGCAACCCUCCAACGCUGAACUACAGGUCAAAAGGAAUCGGCUCACCGAGCUUGUCAAGGGAUCAGACAUGAUACUCGCGAUGGUGAUCUGCGAAUGUUGCCCUGCCGCGGAAGUCGAUGUCAUGAUUUCGGUGCUGAUGAACUUGUUUGACACUCGUUCGUCUUUGAUGGUACUGCUGAAGACGAUGAUUGAUCGAGAAAUCGAACAUACGCCCAACGAAGGAGAUUUGUUCAGAGGUAACUCGACGUACACUCGUUUCCUCUCUGCUUUUGCAAAGCUGCAUGGGUACAAUUAUCUGCGGAGUCUGGUCAUUCCUUUGGUGAAGUCAAUGUCAACAAUGCCCGAAGGACAUGGGUACGAACUCGAUCCGAAUAAGAUAGGCAGGGAAAAGGCGGAACAGAACUUAAAGAAUGUCGAACUGGUCGCUUCUUCGUUCCUGGAAAUCAUCGUCUCGUCCGUGCCUACUCUUCCCCCGAUGAUUCGAGAGGUGUGCGCCCAUCUUUCUAAAGUGCAAAGGUCCACUAGCUUAUCAUACUUGUCUAUCAGGUAUCAAAUAUGGCCGGAAGCGAAGUUUGCGGCUCUCGGAGCUUUCCUAUUUCUACGGUUCAUUUCUCCGGCCAUAGUCUCCCCUGAAACGGUGGAUGUUGAGGUGCCUAAUGAUGAUGGUGGAGUGAUACGCCGUGGUCUCAUGGUCAUCGCCAAAGUCAUCCAGAACCUGGCCAACAAUAUCUUCUUCGCCAAGGAGCAAUACAUGAAAGGCCUGAACUCAUUCUUGUCUAACAAUAUCACCAACAUUACACGCUUUUUGAGCGAGGUCAACAAAUACUCAGCUAUUAUUGAUGAGGAGCCUACGGAAUGGCUUGGUACAACCUCUGACGAUACUGAUACUACCGUUCUGCAUCGUUUUCUCGACAAGCAUACGGACAAGAUUGGCAAAGAGCUGCUCAGUUAUGUCAAACCUGGGUCCGAGAAUGACUCCGCUUCUGUCAGUGCAAAGCUGGCUUGGGAAAACCUCUGCGCCCUUCUCGUCGAGCUGCAGGAGGUCCCUGAAAUCCCGCGCCUUUCGAUGUUGCCAGCUUCUAGCCAUAGGGAAUAUCUGGAGAUGAUGAACCGCUGUGCCAACCGGAACGUAGACUCUGUCAGAGACAUCUUUGUGGAGGCUUCUGUUGAGAAUCCCGCACCAGCUGUGUUUGUUCUAUAUGUAUACAAGAUCGAUGUUGAGGCUCUGGAUAUUGAGUUGCUGAUGUUCUACAUCCUCGAUAUUUUGACGUCUCCGGCUAUGGAGGAUCGCUACUACGAGAUUGUACUUGACUGCACAUCUUUCUCUGCAACUGCAGAAGUGCCGUCACAAUGGCUCAAAUUCUGCACUGAAAUUAUCCCGGUUGAUGUUCGGCAGCAACUGUCAUGCAUGUAUUUCCUCAACGCCAAUGCAUUGACACUCAAAUAUCUGCGGCGAAUCUACAAUGUAUCAUCUGGUUUGUCUUUCCCUCUUCUAAAUAACGGCAUCCAGACCUGUUCAUCAGUCAAGGAUCUGUUGAAUUACAUCCCUGAGUCCUGUCUGGGAGUCCUACAGAGAACGAACGCCAUGGAAGCCGAGACUCGGCAAAUGUUCCCUGAGAUGACCAUGCGGCAAGUUCAUGACGUGCGUAUGCCGGUCAUCCUUGAGGUCGCAGAAACCCACGUGCGGAUAACAUCGGUACGGGGAGCUGCGAUAUCCACCGCACUGACCUGCAAGUCCACGGAAGUUAUCCCCGUUUCUGAAAUCAGUGAUACUUAUAAUGUUUCUACGGGCCAAGAUCCCUUUGAGUUCAUCAUCCGCCGAGGCAAGCAAGGUGCUACGUCUUACUUCUCUUCGCCUUCUAGAGACCUCGUUGUCAAGGCCAUCCGAGCGGCCAAGAGCCAGCUACGAGACAAUCGCAAUGCAGUUCCAGACCACAAUCCUCGCUUCCACAACUUCUCUGCAACACUAUUGCAUGUGGGCAUGCUGAACAUUGAUGCAGAUGAUGAGGAGCUCCGCACUGCAGCUCAUGAGCUGCUGGGUUCAGUGUGUCAGUAUGUCGACUUCGAUAAGACACCGCUAGUCCUUUCGAAAGCUGGCAUCUUUUCAGGAGAUACGACGACAGCUACGGUCAAUCUGAGCAAGAAUAUCGCUCAAAAUGUUCCCAAGCUUACGCUUGAUUUCAUAUCGGUUGUUAUGCUCGGUAUGCCGAAGUGUAGCAUUGCGCAGAAGACAAAUUUUAUUCUCUUUAUAUCGCCCUGGAUGAAGAAUAUCUCGCUCUUCUGCAACCCCGCUCAUCAGCUCUACGAUUAUUCCGGAAACAGGAUGAGGGAUUGCAUCCGUUCACUUAUCGACUUGACUGUCGGCGAUCAAGAGAUUUCUGCAGUGGUGCAUCAAUACAUAUGGGGAGAAAUAGGCAAACUCGACGCCUCCGCAGUUCAUACAGUGCUUGAGGAACUGAUUCGGGCCGCGUCCGACGCCGGUGUGGAUUCACCAAGAUGUGAGAUUUUAGCUCGUACAACUUCGGCUCUGUCGUCCAUACACGUCCGCGGGAGGAUUUUCUCCAAGCUGAGAAAGGUUCUGGGCAAAACAACAUUGAAGCCCUCAAGAACGCUGCCAGAGAACAUGCAUUGGAACGAGAUUGCAACUCUUGCACGGUUCAGCUUGAUCUCCAUCACAACCUACCGCCAUGACCAGCUCUACGUUCCGGACAUAUGUCACGUUGCAACGCUGAUCGCCGCCACUGGGCCAACUAUUGUGCGGAAGUCAAUCUACGGCCUUGUGUUCAAUUUCCUUCAGUCGUUGUGCUUUGAACGCCUCGAAGACCCCUCCUACCCUGAUUUACGUGCGCUCUUGGAUGAUUUGACAUCUGAGGAGAACCUACGGUUGUUCGGCCUUAUGCGUCCAUCACCCACCAGCGAUUACAGCAGCUAUGAACAUCAGAACGUGAGGGAAUGUAUCAAGGACCAGGAAGCGUUGGCUUGUUUGCUCACUCGCUUCAUGGAAGUGACAUCCCAGUCUCGAGGCCUGCUCAACGUUUGGCGUGCACGGUGGAUGAGUCUUGCAACCUCCACAGCCUUCCAGCUAUCAGCAUCCAUUCAGUCUCGCGCGUUCCUUGCAAUAGGCACUCUGGCGACGUCUGACGUCGACGACGAUCUGGUCUACCAAAUGCUAGUCGCUUUCAAGAAUGCAUUAGGCCAAUCAACAGAGACUGAUACAAUACCCGUGGUCACUAUGCUCAGGUGUCUAUGCAAGAUUGUUCCAGGACUGAACGACAACUCCACUCAUCUACCACAACUCUUCUGGCUUGCAGUGGCUUUCCUGCAGUCUGGAUUUAUGUGCUUCUAUGCGGAGGCGGCCGACCUAUUGCAUGUGACGCUGCAGACACUCGAGCGGCACGGAAUGUUUGAGGACGACUCUCUGACCACCGUCUUGUUUGAAGCCCGUCAGAAUCUUGACGAGGUUGCUGGACAGCUCGAUAAUGUCAUGCGCAUGGCGUACGAUGUCAACUUUUCUUUCUAUCUUGCUUCUAUUGUCUUCAAGGGUAUCCGGCACGGCCAACUGAAGUCUCACGCUGAGAGCGUGCUUCGCACCUUGCUCUCGGCCACGCUGCGUUUCCCCGACCAGAGAAUGGACAACGGCAACACGGCGACGCUGCCUGCGGAGGCCAUUGGCUACUUCAUCGCCCUUCUUUCCUGCUCCACGGAUCGGGAGGACUACAACAAGUUGCUUCAUGACUGCAACGCCGACCGCUACAUGCUUCAUCACAACACUAUUCAUGAACACAGCUUUGUCCCCUACGUUGCUCCCGAACUGCUACCACUUUCGGAUCCUAACACGGCUCUAUUCCUGGCCGCCUUCAUUGGUACGAUGCUUGCAACCGCACAGGGAGAUGACGCCGAGUCCGAAAUGCUAUACAAAAUUCUUCUUGAUCUGGGAGUUCUUUAUCCAGAUCUUGUUGCUAUGAUUUACGAGACACUCCAAGACAAAAUCAAGGACACACUGGCUAACUCUACCCAUGCUGCCAUCAUCAAAACCCUCUCCGGUAUUUUCAGAAUGGCACAGUAUGACUCGCUCAGCCUCGGGGUGAUUCGUGGCUCCUCGGUAUCAAGCCUGACGACGGUCGACGAGAGCUCGUCAUCGUUACUGUCGAAGCGGCUGGAGGAAUACCAGAUGGAAGGUCUUAGCACCUUAUUACAGUUUGUGCCGACGACAUCUAGCAACUGGGCGAGCAUUACCGCCUGGAUAUCUGAACUAAUUGUCAAGAUUGUAGGAAUGGAAUAA